AAGUUUUUGACGAACUCUUCGGCGAAUAACAGCGCUACGGACCCCUCCGUAACUAGCAGCAGUAUCGACCUCUCGUGGACCGCUUUAAGAGUUACUUUUGCGCUGAUUGCCUCCAUGGCGUUAUUUGGAAAUGCCCUGGUUUGUGUGGUAAUCCUUCGAAGUCGUACGAUGUUAAAAAAUUCGUACAACUUGAUGAUUCUUGCAUUAGCUUUUUCUGACAUGUUCACAGGUAUGUAACGAUAACUUACAUGCCAACUUAAACUUGCGGGUUGCCGUAAUAAAAUUAAUGGUCUGGUAACUUUCAUCUGUCAAACUGAGCUUUGAGAUGUAUCAUAAAAACCUAUUAUACGCCUCAGAUUUCAAACACUUCCUUUCAAAGUUUUCAAAUCCUGACGAAGCACUCGUUUCUCGUAUUUACGUACCUAUUAGCAGCAUAGUUGAAACCUUUCAAUAAUUAAAUCAUUUUGAUUUUGUUUUUGCGCUCGUUAGUUUAAUUUGUAAGUUAAGUUUAAGUGCCCUAUGGGUUGUUGAUGAUAAUGUUUCAAAUUCUUGCGAAUCAAGAAAAUUCGCGAAUGAUAUUUCAGGGGCACCCAACGGCAAUUUUCGGGAAAAUAUCUGUUCGGAAGACGAUUUGAGAUCUAGAAUUUUCGGAGCAUUUGUUGUAAAAUUUCUUGCUUGCCUGCUUCUCCUAGGAUUUUCGAACACCUACAAAAUGGUAUAAUUACCCAUUUUUAACGGAUUUUGAGCCUAAAAAAGGCCACCUAGAAUUUUCGGGAGCCUUUUCUUGGCUGAAAGUUUCGAGAAGGUAAGUUUUUAUCCCUAUAAUUUUCGGAUCACUAGACUUUCAGCUAGGAAAUCCGAACAGAUGAAAAGUUUUUAGGGGAUAAAAUUAUGCCUAUUUUUACCGUUUGAAUACUGAAAUACGUUCAACAAUGCUAUGUUAAGUGGUUUUGAACUAUAUCCUCGUUGGGCGCCCCUGAUAUUUUACCAUCUCCACAGGAAUCAUACUGGUCAUUACACCGGCAUUUAUCAUCGGGGACGAGAACUUUCCCGUUCCGGGAAAUUUGGCCGGAGAAAUCUACUGCCAUAUAAUCAGCUCCCACUUUUUUGUCUUCACGUUUGGCAAGAUAUCUGUUGCCAUAGUGAUGCUGUUAGCAAUUGAUCGAUGGUAUGCAAUCACGAGAUCAACCAAGUACAAAAGGUCUUUCAAGCGACCAAGAGUCGUUCUUUACAUCACAAGUGUAUCCUUGUUUUGUUGUGCUUUGAACUGGCAAGCGCUCGUCGAGAAAAAGCUGGUUAAGAAGGAAGAGAUACCAUCGUGUAUGUGGAUUACACUGAUCAAAAGCAAGUCUAUUACACAAGUUUUUACCGUCAUUUAUGUCAUGUUCACAUUUUUCAUCCCAUUGUUCAUAUCCUUGAUCACUUUCUUCCAUUUAUGGCGUGCCAUGAACAGAUCACGUUAUUGUUUUCGUAAGAGCAACCAAGCAAAUUCUUUUAAGAGCCUCUUGCGCAUGUGCGCUAUAACAGGUUUGUUCUUGGCAAUUUGCUGGAUCCCAAAUCAGUUUGUUUACUUGCUAUCUAAAUUUAACAUCACCAAGUUAGACACACCGCUACAUCAUGCUACUGUCGUCUUAGCCAUGUUCAAUACCUGCUUAAAUCCUUGGAUAUAUGGAGCUACAAACCGCAAUUACAGGAAAAAAAUCAAACAAAUUUUAUGCCUCUGGCGGAAAGUGCAGGUCCGACCUGAAGAUACAGAAAUUACAGCAAAAAAGACGGGCACCCGAAAUAGCCAGGUGGCGAAAAUAACUAAUCGGGAAAAACAACCGAAGAAUAAAAAGCCGAUGAAGCCUGGGCAAGUUAUACAAGAAUGUUAA